GGACGGCGUGGUUCCUCCUGUCGCUCCUGUCGCUCCUGGAAUCAAUAGCAACGAGCUCGGAACGACACAAACCGCUGCGUCCCACAUCGCUGAUCAUUCUCAAAUCGAACUAGAUCAUUUGUCACCUGCCGUGUUUCGAAGGAAACAAGGGCCUCGACAUGCAGGACGAGUGCAGUGCUCCGCGAGGGUCGAGGAAAUUUCGAAAAGCUUGAGGACUUUUGGCCCUGUGUCUCGCGGACUAUCGUCACGCUAUCGCCUUCUCGACCCGAACCUUUAACAUGACAGAAGCCGAAGCAGCGCUGCAGAGAAUUACCAAUUUGAAGGAUGUCGUUGGCGUCCUCAUCGUCGACAAUGACGGAAAUAUUCUACGCUCAACAUUCCUCGAGGAAGAUCAGACAGUGAAAUAUGCAGAAGAAAUUUCCAGCCUCGCAAUUAUGACGAGAAGUGCUAUUCGUGAACUCGAUCCUCAGAACGAUAUCCAGAUGAUACGGAUCAAAAGCCUUCGACAUGAACUGAUUGCAGUCAUUGACAUGCAGUUUACUCUCCUGGUCGCACAACAGUAUCCAGGAUUUGUUCCUCUCGAGGUUCAAAAACCCCCCGAAGAAGAGAAGAAAGAAGAUGACGAGGAAUUCUAGCUGACGUUUACCCUUCGAUUAUCAUUAUGAUUUGCACAACUCUGGCGUCGUCAAUAAGCUGUCAUGAGGAAAUCUGUUGACCUCUCGUGUAGAGUGCAUGACUUUCACUAUUACCCGUCGUCAAAACCUCACCUCGGAAGACUAGACAGUGUUAGCGUACUGCAUAAAAGAAUUGUGUUGAUAAGAUAGCUCAGAAAUUGUAACAGAGUCGAUUCGACUGCUUACGAGCAAGGGAAGAAGAGUGAUAUAUAUACUCAGCAUAGUAACAGAGAGCAGAUAAGAAGCGGAUUAGGAGUCUUUCUAACCAACUUCAGUGCGUCUUCUACCCACCAAUGGAUGCCAUUGAAGGUAACAUCACCGAGGUAUGAAGACGGCAUGACCGAACGUCUUCACAUUCUUCCUUUCUUUUUCUCCUCUCGUUUCUGGUGGAUAUAAGACACAAUGAUGGCACUCACUGC